UUUCAGAUGCAGGAUGAAAUCAUCGAUUUUUUCCGAAGUCCGGCUCUUCUUUUCUACAUGACUUUAAUGUUAACCAUUUGUGUAGUGAACGGGUCCCAGCAAGUUGGAGAAGUCGUAGAAACCGAGUUUCAUGCGUACCGUCUUCAUCAAUACGAAAUCAGUGGUAACAUUUAUGGAUGCAAAAAUUAUCGCGUAUCAUAUGAAGCUGUUUCCUUGGGUGCAAGAACUCUUCGCAGAACUAUGGUUACAACAUGGCGAGAUCUUCUUACAACAGAUGUCGAUGACAUGUGGGCACUUUCUACCGGUGCCGUGCUUAUUUUCAUUCCCGACAAUCUUGAUGAACUUAACGAUAUUGAUCGGAAGGCAUUCAUCGAUCUUGAAGCAAAGUUGUUGAGCGCAAAGACCGACUUGGCUGUUUAUGUGGCUCCUUUCAAUGAUGACGCCGUUUCUAUUCUUCACGAUGUCAAUACUCGCUCGGAAAAAGCUCCCACAGCCCUGCAACAUUUGCUUCAAUCACUUUCCGGAAACACAAUCAGUAUCACUUCUUCCGAUCAAAGUCCAGAACUUCCACCUUCAUACAAACCACUGAAUAUUGUUGGUCGCUUGAGUAGUGGAGAUCGUGCUGCACCUACGAUUGCAUUUGUGGCACACUAUGACACACAAUCGGCCGUUCCAGGAGUCUCGCCUGGCGCUGAUUCCAAUGGGUCUGGUAUAGUUGCACUUCUCGAAUUGCUUGCUGUUCUGUCAAAAUUCUAUGAUUCUCCAAGCACACGUCCUCCAUACAAUAUUUUGUUCAUUUGGACAGCAGCUGGAAAGCUCAAUUAUCAAGGAACUCGUCACUGGAUCGAUGAGUACCAGAAAGGCUUUGACAGCGCUGAUUAUGCCAAAUCUGGACUUUCUAGAAAAGGGUUUUCAGAUGAUCGUGUUGACUUGGCAAUAUGUAUUGAGGCAAUUGGUCGCAAAACGGGAGGAUUUUUCAUGCAUGCUGGAAAGACACCAUCAGAAAAUUCAGUAGCAGCUCAACUUCUCAGAAGACUUAAAUAUUUCAGCAGCAUUUCUCCAAAGAAGAAUAUAGAGUUGGUAACGAAAAAAAUCUCUUUGACGACAGUAAGCGCUUGGGAACACGAGAAAUUUAACAUCAAGAGAAUGCCAGCUAUCACCCUGUCUACUCUUCCAUCUCCAUCUGAUCCAGCUCGUAAUUCAAUUCUUGAUCUCCCAUCGGCUCUCGACGAAGAUGAGCUUAUUGAUAAUAUUCGACUGAUUGGCGAAGCUGUUCUUGGCUAUAUUCUUGACCUUCCAGAAUCCGGACCUUCGUCCGAUUCUAGAGUUAAAUCUGAGGCUACGAUGCUCUCAAAGGAUGCUGUGGAUAAGCAACGCGUUCAUCAUUUCAUUCGUCAGUUUGCCUCAAGACCCCGUCCAGUUGGUGAUCAACGAGCUACGGAGAGCAUCACUUCCAACCUAGCAUCCGUAGCAGCAGGAUACGGAAAUGUUUUCAAAUCAGCAGUUACUAUCACUGAUGCAAAAGCAUUUGGUGUCACUCAAAAUCGCUUAGUCGCCGAACGAGUAAAGCCAGCUGUCUUUGAACUUGUCAUUGCAGCUGGAGUGUUCACAUAUCUCUCUGCCUUUUACUAUAUUGCUACCCACUCGCAGAACACUAUCGAGGGAACAGUAGCAGCCAUUCGCAAAUCGAUCUUCUAAAACAUUUAAAUUCCCUUUUUUGUUGCUCAUUGUUGAACAUUGUAGUUUAAACAAUUACUUCUGAACGUUUCAUGUUUCUCGCGUUCUUUCAAAACAAAAUUAUAUCUAGGACUUAAUUUAUUAUAAAUAUUUAUUGAGUGACGAAUAAUAAAUAAAUUGCUAUAGAAC